UUAGAUUUGCUUAUAUUUAAUUAAUCCUAAAAUGGCUUUAAAUUUAUUUCUUUUUACAAUACUCUUUACGUCAGUAAUAUUAAAUGCAACAGCCUGUUAUAUUAUUUUGCUUAAAAUAAAGAAGAAAGAAAUAACGCAUUUGUUUAUUACCAGCAUUUCGCUUACAAACAUGCUGGAGUCAAUAGUUGGAUUUAUUCCUCAGAUUACUACUUCUGAAAAUUUUUUGUUAGAACGAACUCCGUUAUGUAUUUCAAGUGGCUUUGCAGUUUUUGGCUGCGCCAUAACAAGUAUAACUCACAUUACAGCGCUUUCCUUUAUGAGAACAAUUGUCAUGAAAUAUCCUUUUUUUUAUUACAAAACUUGCAAGAAGAUGUGGGUUAAGGCUACUUUAAUUGCAAUGUGCUAUUUUUACGGUUUUAGUUGGGCAACGUUUCCAUUGAUUGGUUGGUCUAAAUAUGAAUUAGAUCUUGAUAAAAAGAGGUGUUCAUUGGAUUGGAAAUUAACACAAUCAGACUCUGCAUCAUAUUUUUUAACAAUUUUAAUAUUUUGCAAUUUAUUGCCGGCUAUAGUUAUAUCAACAACGUUAUACACCAGCAGAAAAAUUAUUUCUAAAAGAAAUGCGCGUGAAGAUUGUCAAAACCAUCAAGCAUCACUUGAUAUUUUAGAAAAUGAUUACUUAAACGUAUGUCUUUUAUCAACAGCAACAUUUUUCUUUAUUUGGACACCCUACGCUGUUAUUGGUGUUUUAACAAUACUAAAGAUCGUUAUACCGACGCAGUUGGUGACAGCAGGUGCUAUGUUUGCAAAGUUGUCCACAAUUACUAAUGUUGUCAUUAAUUGUUUUAUUGUUAAAUCAUUCAAAAACCAACUCCUUGAAUUAAGAUUAAUUCAAUAUAUUCGAAAUAUAAAUAAAAAAAUCUCAGCGGUUCAUCCUUAUCAUGAUUCAACCUUGAACUGAAGUUAAUUGCAUGUAAUGUGUUGUUC